AUGGGAUUAGAGGAAGUGAGCAACAGGAAAAUCGUACUGAAUGAUUACAUUAUAGGUUUCCCAAAAGAAUCGGACAUGUCAUUGAAAACCUCCUUUAUCAAACUCAAGGUUCCGGCGGAUUCUCCUAAUGCAAUUUUGGUGAAAAAUUACUAUUUGUCUUGUGAUCCUUACAUGCGCAAUCGCAUGCAGAAAAAUGAGGGGAGUUACACUGAGUCCUUUAAACCCGGCACUCCUAUCGUCGGAUAUGGAGUGUCCGAAGUUGUUGACUCGGCUCAUCCCAACUUCAAGAAGGGUGACCUGGUUUGGGGAAUUACUAGCUGGGAAGAAUACAGCCUUAUUAAAGCUCCAGAGUCUUUCUUCAAAAUUCAGCAUACAGAUGUGCCUCUCUCCUACUAUACAGGAAUUCUUGGUAUGCCUGGCAUGACUGCUUAUGCUGGUUUUUAUGAGGUUUGCAAUCCCAAAAAGGGCGAAACUGUCUUUAUUUCUGCUGCAUCUGGAGCAGUUGGUCAGCUUGUUGGGCAAUUUGCAAAGUUGCUUGGGUGCUAUGUAGUUGGAAGUGCCGGAAGCAAAGAUAAGGUUGAUCUGUUGAAGAACAAAUUUGGAUUUGAUGGUGCAUUUAACUAUAAAGAAGAGCAGGACCUAAUUGCAGCUUUAAAGAGGUAUUUCCCUAAUGGAAUUGAUAUUUACUUCGAGAAUGUUGGAGGAAAGAUGCUUGAUGCCGUGCUCCUCAACAUGAAAAUCAAGGGCCGUAUAGCUGUUUGUGGAAUGAUCUCCCAAUACAAUCUUGAGCAGCCAGAAGGCAUACACAACUUAUUGUGCAUUAUAAUGAAACGAAUUCGUAUGGAGGGAUUCCUUGUUAUUGAUUUCUACCACCUCUAUCCAAAGUUUUUGGAGAUGGUGCUGCCACAGAUAAAAGAAGGAAAGAUUUCAUAUGUAGAAGACAUGGCCGAAGGCCUUGAAAGUGCACCGGCUGCUCUUGUAGGGCUGUUCGCUGGUCGCAAUGUUGGGAAGCAGGAAUAUAGAAGAAAACUGACUACAUAUCUGCCAUCACAACCGUCUCCCUUGGCCACUCCACUGCAAAAUUCCCAGCACUGCCGCAAACCCGCGAAAGUGAUCUUCUUCAAAUUCGAGAAGGUUCAACUACCAGAAGGAAUAGCACCAUUUAUACAAAUUUCUGAAAAUGAUUUUUUAGGCCUAAAACGCCGAAAACUGAAGGAAGAUGAUAUUGCCAUUUGCGAGUGCAUGUAUGAUGGAACUAAUCCUGAAAAUGCAUGUGGAGAAACUUGUUUAAAUGUCCUAACCAGCAUAGAGUGCACGGCUGGGUACUGCCCUUGCGGUGAACAUUGCAGGAAUCAGAAAUUUCAGAAAUGUGAAUAUGCAAGAACAAAGUUGUUUAAAACUGAAGGGCAUGGUUGGGGGCUUCUAGCUGAUGAGAUUAUAAAGGCUGGACAGUUCAUCAUUGAGUAUUGUGGAGAAAUAAUCUCAUUAGAAGAAGCUAAGCGACGGUCCAAAAAUUAUGAAGCUCAAGGUAUUAAAGAUGCAUACAUAAUUUCUCUAAGUGCCAGUUGUUUGAUUGAUGCUACGAAGAAAGGAAACCUAGCAAGAUUUAUAAAUCAUUCAUGUCAACCAAAUUGUGAGACCAGAAAGUGGGUUGUGCUGGGGGAAACAAGGGUUGGGAUAUUCGCAAAAAAAGAUAUUUCUGUUGGAACUGAACUUUCAUAUGACUAUAAUUAUGAAUGGUAUGGUGGCGCCACUGUUCGCUGUCUGUGUGGGGCUGCCAACUGUUCUUUAUUUCUUGGUGCAAAGUCCCAUUGUUUCCAGGAGUAUAGCCAUGUAUGGGACGAUGGUGAUGACAGAUAUAUGGUUGAAAAUAUUCCACUCUACGAUUCUGAUGAGGAUGGUCAUUUUCCCUCUUACGCUAAGAGCCCUUGUGAACAUGAACGGGUAACUGAUGAAGAAGAUGAGUGCUCAAUGAUGAUGGGUGGUACUGAGGGGUCUGAAAACAAAUUGGAGAUUGAUAGUGGUUCGACUUCAACGAAAAAAACACAGCAUACUUCCAAGGGAAAGGCAAAAGUUUCUGGUAGAAAGCUAGUCAGAGACAAAUCUGUUACUGAAGUAUUUGCAUCAAAGGAAGCACAGGCCGAAGUAGCCAAAUAUGAGGAAAUAAAAAAUAAAGCCACAGCCGAUCUAAAUUCCUUGUACGAUGAAAUACGUCCUGCCAUUGAAGAAGGCAAGUGGGACAGUCAGGAAGGUGUAGCUAGCAGUGUAUCAGAAAAAUGGAUAGAUGCAACCUGCGCUAAGUAUGAAGCAGAUUUUGACUUCCAUUUCUCCAUUAUCAAGAAUUUCAUGUGCCCAAAAAAGCCAGCUGGAGACGAAGCCAGGUCUUCAGCAGGGGGAGAUUGCCUGAAGAAAUCGAAGUGA